GUCCCAUGGAAAAAAAGAAAGAAAGUCAUUCAAGUUCAAAACAACAUGACGGUAGAAUAAUUAUAGCAUCAAUUAUGAACUUUUCAUGGGAUACAGGGGCUGCCUCAUUGGUCAGAUCUCAAACAGAAAGACAAAAGCGUGAGAUCGAAACUUCAUCUGGAUACCUGAAUGCAGAAACACCUGAGCCCUUUUCAGGAGUCCAACGCAGAUGUCCAAAUUUCCUCUUUUUACAUGACCCGCCCACAUUGUCCAAGGAAUCUGGUUAGUCUGGUAGCAUGUGGACUAAUGGAGGCAUGGUCUGUGCACUGCACACGCCUCCCCAGUCAUUCUCUCUCUUUUUAGCAUACAAACACCUCAUCACUGUCACCAGAGUGAAAGCUGAGCUGCAGACAGGAAUGAGUGAAGAAGGAAACAAGGCCUUCAAAAAGGCUUUAACUGUUGAAAGGAACGAAGAGGCCUCAGUAUAGCAGUGGACGUGUAUAAUUUAACCCCAGCGAGAUGGCUUCCCUUGGCAUGCACAUGCUGGCGAGUGCCUUGGCCUUACUGGGAUGGACUGGAGCCCUCCUGUCCUGCAUCAUGCCAAUGUGGCGUGUGACAGCCUUCAUUGGAACCACCAUUGUCACCUCAGAGACCAUGUGGGAGGGCAUUUGGAUGAGCUGCGUGAUACAAAGCACAGGCCAAAUGCAGUGCAAACCGUACGAGUCCACGCUCGCAUUAAGCUCAGAUCUGCAGGCCGCUCGGGCUCUCACGGUCAUGUCCAUCCUUUUAGGAGCGGUGGGCCUUGUUUUGGCCUUCAUCGGAGGAAAAUGCACCAUUUUCAUGGGCGGUUCCAAAAGAUCCAAAGCCAGAAUUGCAACAGCGGCCGGUGUGACGUUGAUCGUCGCUGGAAUUCUCUGCAUUAUCCCUGUCUCCUGGUCGGCUGGCAUUGUGGUACAAACGUUUUACAACCCGCUGAUGACCAAUUCGCAGCGCAGGGAGAUUGGCGGUGCCAUUUAUGUUGGUUGGGGUGCAUCUGUCGUCCUCAUGUUGGGUGGAGGAAUGUUGUGCACCACCAUCUGCAAAGACAAAACAGAGGAUGACAGCGGUCCUUCAGUGAAGUACCUGAUCGUGCGCUCGUCGCAGGCAGGGUCCAGCAGGGCCGGCUCGCAGAGGAUGCGCCCCAUCUCUGUGAGGUCGAUGCAGAGUGCCACUCCAUCUGUGAGGUCCCAAUGGAGUCAGAAAGUCCCAAUGAAUCAGGGUAGACCUCCCUCCACAGACUCCCACCAGAGCAAGCCAUCAACUACAAAGUCCCAGCUUGCCAGAGCCGAAUCGAUGCCAGAGUCUGAGCAGGACAAGGGGGCGUGGACAAAGUCCCAGCUGAUUGAUGAUGGUUUGGAUCAAAUGCUGGCCCCCUCUGAAUCUAGCGAGACACCUGAAGAUGCUCCAAAGACAUACAUUUGAUUAAGAAGACAAUGAAAAUGCAAGAUCUGUGUUGACUGAGGGACUUACAUGGACUUGGACAGUCAUAUACCUGCUACAGCACUGUGAAUGAGGAAUUAUUGGUCAAAUGAAGAAACUAAGAAUUUAGUGGAUGAACAUUAUUAUGUAAAAUUGAUAAUGAUCACAUUUUCUUUUUUGAUUUUUUUUAGAGAAUUGGAGGCACUUUAGGAAAUGCAGCUAAUUGAGAUGAAGAUUUGCACUGUGAUUACACUCAGACCUCAGCAGUCAAGAUUAUUAUUGUUGUUUUAUAGUUCAUUUUAAUAGCUUUGAUACAUUUUAUGUGUUUAAUGUGUAUAUUUACAAUAAAUAAUGUAUAUUCAUGAUUGUAUGUGGUAAAAUGUUUCCUCCUCAUGUUAUAUACAUAUAUAAUGUCAUGAAUAAAAUGGCUGUCAGUAGUUAGCACAGUUUGUUCUGCUUUGUAAUGUAAAAAACAAAACCUGACGCCGCUUCAACAAACAUAUGGAAAUUCGUCAGUUUCAUUUUGUGUUUUUUUUUUUACCUGCUAAGAAUCUAAAAUGAACAUACUUUUGGUUGAAAUACUCAUAUGAAAGCACUGCUAUGACCUUGGCCACACAUGUGGUCUUUUAGAGAUGGACAAUGGUUUGGUUCAAAUGUUACAAGAGAGGGAAAAGAACACUUGCUUCAUUGUUAGCUAUUCUUGUGUCAGCUCAAGCCUUGAAUGAAACGGCAGAUCCAGGCCAAACCGGUUCAACAGAAAGUAUCACCUCAUGAAAACGCUUUGCAUAUUGUUGGGACACAGUGUUUAAAAAGAUCUCAGUGUGCUAUAAUGAAGCUAUUCUUCAGUUUUACUUAAAACCUUAGUUGAAUUAGGUGUUACAAGUUAUGUAGUAUGAAGUCAACACUUCCUGAAUGACUUUUUAUUCUCUUAUAAUAUUUGUUUGGUCAAAACACUGUCAUUGCACCUGUUCUUAACUUUUCUAAAGGGAAAAGGGAGCUAAUAAAUAAUCAAAACUG